CAAACUUCCCAGCCGGGCGGGGGCUGGCGGGGGCCCCGUCCAGGGCCGGAGGAGGAGACGGCCCCGAGUCCUCCUCCUCCCGCUCCUGCUCCCCGGUCUCCCGGCACCAUGCUGUCUAACUCGCCGGGCCAGACCCCGCCCGUGCUGUUCCCCAACCCUCCGCCGCCACCCCCGCCCCAGCAGCCCCAGCCCCCCUCCCAGCCCCAGCUCCCGGUGCUGCCUCUGCCGCCGCCGCCUCCUCCGCCGCCGCCGCCGCCGCAGCAGCCGCAGCCGCCGCCGCCCCCCCAGCCUCCCCAGCAGUUCCCCCAGUUCUAUGUCAAGUCGAGCCUGCAGAUCAAGAAGAAUGCCAUCACGGAUGACUACAAGGUCACCAGCCAGGUCCUGGGGCUUGGCAUCAACGGGAAAGUUUUGCAGAUCUUCAACAAGAAGACUGGGGAGAAAUUCGCCCUCAAAAUGCUUCAGGAUUGCCCCAAGGCCCGAAGGGAGGUGGAUUUGCAUUGGAGAGCCUCUCAGUGCCCACACAUUGUCAAGAUUGUGGAUGUCUAUGAGAACCUGUAUGCUGGAAGGAAGUGUCUCCUGAUUAUCAUGGAAUGCAUGGAUGGUGGAGAGCUCUUCAGCCGCAUCCAAGACCGGGGAGACCAGGCCUUCACUGAGAGAGAGGCUUCUGACAUCAUGAAGAGCAUUGGUGAAGCAAUUCAGUACUUACACUCAAUCAACAUUGCGCACAGGGAUGUCAAGCCUGAGAAUCUCUUAUACUCCUCCAAACGGCCCAAUGCCAUCCUGAAGCUCACUGACUUUGGCUUUGCCAAGGAAACCACCAGCCAUAAUUCCCUCACUACCCCUUGCUACACACCGUACUAUGUGGCUCCAGAGGUCCUGGGCCCCGAGAAAUAUGAUAAAUCCUGUGACAUGUGGUCUUUGGGUGUCAUCAUGUAUAUCCUACUGUGUGGUUACCCUCCAUUCUAUUCCAACCAUGGCCUUGCCAUCUCUCCUGGCAUGAAGACUCGAAUCCGAAUGGGCCAGUAUGAGUUUCCCAAUCCAGAGUGGUCAGAGGUAUCAGAGGAAGUCAAAAUGCUUAUCCGGAAUCUACUCAAGACAGAACCAACUCAAAGAAUGACCAUCACUGAGUUUAUGAAUCAUCCUUGGAUUAUGCAAUCAAUGCAGGUCCCUCAGACUCCACUGCACACCAGCAGAGUCCUGAAGGAAGACAAGGAGAGGUGGGAGGAUGUGAAGGAAGAGAUGACCAGUGCCUUGGCCACCAUGCGUGUUGACUAUGAGCAAAUCAAGAUUAAGAAGAUUGAGGAUGCCACCAACCCUCUGCUCCUAAAGAGGCGGAAGAAAGCCCGGGCUUUGGAGGCAGCUGCCCUCGCUCACUGAGCCACCCUCAGCACUCCUCCCGCCCUGAUGGAGGGAAAGCAAUAACUCUCUAAGUCUAUUUUUUAAAAGCAGAGACACAGACCUGUCCUCCCCCAGCUCCUACUUGCAUGGAGCCCAGAAACUUGUCAGCAGAUGAAUUCUGGUCCUUUAACUGCCACCUUCCCUGGAGCUCCUGGACCUGACCCUUGGGAGGUUGGGAGGUGAGGACAAGGGGGCAAGUUGCUCUCAAGAUCUUCCUCAUUGUGCAGUUUUUCUUGGCUGAUUUGGCCUUGAAUUUUUAUAAAAUUUCUAUUUUUUUCUCCUCCUUUCCCUGUUUUCCCUCCCAAGUCACAGGAUGAUUUUUUUAAAAAGGUAUUUUGGGGAGCCGCUACAGGGAGGUGACUCAGUGUUUGUUACCUUGUUCCCUCUGCCUUCCCCUCACCCCAGUCUGAGGCUUCAAUAGACUUGGGGGCCAAGUGGCUGGGAGGCUGAGCCCUGUGGAGGACAGGGCCUUUUUGGUAUGGGAUCCAGGGGACUUGGCCUCAGGGGGCUCCCCCUGCCUUAACUCAGAGGCCUUGGACAGCUGGAGCUGUGGCCAGGGGGUAGGCAUACAGGGCUGGAUGUGUGACUGUGUGGACAAGGGGUUAUGAAUCAGUGUGCAGAAACAGUGUGUUUGUGGUGGGUAGGGGACCCUGAGGCUACUCAGAGGGGCUUUCCUGUUUGGAUCUGACACAGCCCAGGGAAAGGUCCACAUAUCCAUCUGUAUGGGAAGCUGGCUAAGACUGAAACUGGCUCAUGGUCUUUCUCUCUAAUAGGCAGAGCUCUGAGGGCAGGGAAAGGACUUCCCUGACAUUGGCACUGAGAUAAAAGGGACAGGGGCCUUCCUGUUCCUCCUCCUCCCUCCAAAUCUAGUAUUUAGUGUAGAAUUUCAGUCCUCCCUCCCUUCCUCCUCAGUGAAUGGGAAGGCAGUACUAUCUUGUGGAGGAAGGAGUGGUCCUAGGAUUCAGAAUGAUCCCUCUUUUCCCACUUUCCCUGAACACUAUGUGUUUGGGAAAAAAAA